AUGGGCCUCCUCGACAAGAUUGAGAACAAGCUUUCGGGCAACAAGCACAACACUACAGAAGAGCAGCUACAGCACGAGGGUGUUGACUCUUCUCGACAGCAUGCGACCUCUACUGGAGAAGGAUCCCACCUGCAAUCAGGAACGAACACUACUGGUGCAGUUCAUGGCACUACAGGCGCGUAUGGCGUAAAUCCCACCACUUCUACGACUGGCAGCGGCAUUGGAGGAACGCACUCUGCAAGCGGCGUAGGCAACACUCAUACCGGCAGUGGUAUCACUGGAAGCCAUACUGGAAGCCAUGUUCCGGGCAGCUCCACCGCCAGCGGCAUCACAGGCGGCACUCACCCGCUUGUGACUGGCGAGCGCCGAGAUGAUGGCAUCACUGGCGGCCACUCCGGCAGCCAUGUACCAGGCACUCAUACUGGAACCACCCACACUGGCUCUCAUACUGGCCAUCACACUGGCCACAGCGCAUUGGGUUCCAGCCACCGCGCGGAAGCUGGCGACGUUGGUUCACGAGCCCACGUGCCAGGCGGCACCACAGUGGGACAAGGUACGCAUCACAGCACUGCCAGAACACCUGUCGAUCCAUAUACCUCCAAAGGUCAGAGAGCAAUGGCUGACGCUGCUGAAGAUCGCCGUCACCACAAUGCCGUUCAAGAUACCGAGUUUGUUCCUGGUAGUCACCCAGCGGCACAAAAUCCAAGCGCCAUUCCUACUGCGGGCGGAGAAAGAGUUGGAAGCAUUGCAGGCGGCAACGGGCCAUAUGACCAGUCUCGUACACACGACAACAGGACUGCAACGGAGAAGGUCAAGGAUAAGGUCAUGCCAAGCAGGACCGACAGGCCUGAUGAUCCACUGACGGGCGAGAAUUAUGGUCAGACAUCUCAUCCUUCACACACUGGAAGCCAUACCACACAUGGUGUUGGAGGUACAACCGGCUCGCACGCCACGACUACAGGCUCGCACAGUCUCACCGGCCACCAUGGCCAGACUACAUCGGCAGCCACACCUCUUGCCCACGACUCGGGCUUCAACGAUCGUCACACCGGAGCUGGGACCGCAGGUCUUGCUAAUGUCGGUCACCACAAUACACAUGAUCGUCAUGACUACGCUGCCGGACAGCAGGCUACCCAUGAUCAGUAUGGCUCUAGUGGGCACGUCGACAACCGCUCAGGCAUGGAAAAGAUCAAGGACAAGAUCAUCCCAAGCAGGAAUGACCGCCCUGAUGAUCCAGUGACAGGCCAGAACUACGGACAAGGCGUGAGCCACACCACUGGCACAGCUGGCAGCCAUGUACCAGGUACUACCGGCAGUGGCAUGGGUGGCAACCACACCUAUGGCAGUGGUGUCAACGACAGCGGUGUUACUGGUGUAACGCAUGGCGUUGGAAAUGUCGGUCUUGGUGGCAAUUCGACAAACACUGGUCAGUACUAA